AUGCCUAUCCUCGCGUCCGGCCCCUCUCCAGGCCAGGCUCGCCCACCAAACAGCCUGUCUCCUCCCUUCCUCCCCAAGGCCAAGGUCAACGGUGGCAGGGAUACCCUUCGCAAACUGUCCAGCUCCAGCUCGCUCAACGUCGCCAAGUCGAAUGAUGUGUCUUUCAGGCCUGGCUCGCCUUUCAAGUCUCUGCGUCCCUCCCCAAACGGAUCAACACCACCUGUCACUCAUCUAAAGCACCCCAACUCUCCACGGCCCGGUAUUAAAUCUGCCCCAGUUCAGAUAGCGAGCCAAGGAACUCCCGAGUCUCGUCAACGCUCCCUCACCUCCGCGUCGCCUAACCUCGGCAUGCCACACCUCGACGACAGGCCACGGAGCGGCAGUGUUGGCUUGCCCUCCCCGAAACUCCCCCCCUCUGGACAAGCUUCGCCCGUGUCCGACCGUAUUAUGUUGGACAAUCUCCAACUAACACCGACAUUACCUCCAACUAAGAUAAAGUCCAAGGUGUCCAACCUUGCCAAACUUACUAACUCCAAUGAUGCUUCUUCGUCCUCGUCCUCGCCGCCAUGGGUUACAACACGACCAGUCACCAGAACCCGAGCACCUUCACUAACAUCCAGCAUAUCAUUACAUACGCCGAGCUCCUCACCCCCAACAAAUCCGAUGUUUUAUCCUAUCACCACCGCUGCUCCAGCAGCCAAUCCCCACCGCUACAACGUAUCACGUCCUGUACAGUCACCCAUUCGCAAUCAGCAGGUUUAUGCUCCUACCCAGGAUACGCCUCCAAAGAAAUUACCGUCAUUUCCUAAAGUAGAUCCUGCUUCCAUUCCUCUGCCCCCACAUUCUCCCCCAAUAUCCGCCCUGUCGCUUUCCUCUAAGUCCUCGGUCUCCCACAUAUCCGAAACCAAUGUUCCUCUCGCGGGAAAUACGAACUCCAUAACUGUCGGGUCACACGGACGUGCACGCAGCGUCGAUUGGAGGGGUGCAGCGGGUCCCUCUCCAACUCAGCCUAACGCUGUGUUCCCCGGCACCCCAGUCGGUGCUCGCAAACAUGAAAGUGAUGUAGAGUCAGCUGACGAGUCUGAGCGGCACUUACGAGCUGAAGCGAAGACGAAGCGCAAGAUAGCAGAUCUGGAAAUUACCAAUCGGUCACUUCUUGCGAUCAACGCUUCCCUCGAAACAACAAAGAAUCGUCAAGCAAAGGAAAUAAGGGACCUUCGACGUAAGCUGAGAGAAUCAAGGCUGAUUCUGCCUCCACGUGCAUUCGAUGCCCUCAAUUCAUCGUUUCCUAAUGACGGUGAUGAUGAAAUGGACGGCGACGAUGCUGAUAGUGAAGAUAUUGAUAUCGAAGGUGUAGAGGAUGAAGGCUUCCAAAGAGUAAGGUGCCUCAUUGAUGGUUUAAUCCAAUCUGGCAGGCGCGCACUCGAGAGCAAGCCUGAAGAGUUUAGAAACAACUCCGCAAAAGUCCUCAACGCAGACGAAGUUCGCUCGUGGCGGGACUCGGAGAGGUUCAUUGCAUCUGCAACAACACGAACAGACGACAACCAUGACGAGGACGGAGAUGACCAGACUACGCAGAGUCGGUUGUCAAUAGCGACUGUCACAGUACCAGGCAGUGACUGUGAAUCUUCUCUUGAAAGCGUCGAGGGUUGUUCCCUACGCCCUGCGAGUACAACUUCCCCGUUGCCCCCCAUCACGAUUACGCCUUCAUGA